UCACGUGGGAGGCACUUCACGUGAUAAUAAGAAGACCUAAUGGGAGCUCAUCCCUCCUGUCGUGGGCGUGGCUACUCGUUCUUUGUCUACGGUCAUUGGCCUAGUGGUUGGUACAGGGCGUGGCUUUGCCCGAAACCCUGGACACCGCUGUUCCUGCUCUCGCUUGUUCUGUGACUGUCGGCGGAUCAUGCUGCUGCCUACAGUGGGGAUUCGUCGGGAACUAUGACUGCGAGAAACUCCGGGGAUGGGGAGUGAGGAUCGGCGGCCCCUCCGGGAACUAUACAGAGGCUGCAGAGAACGCUGGCUCCUGGACUCUCCCCUGCUGAGCAUCAGAGGGCUGAAAAAAAGAGAGGCGGGGCACAUAAUUAAGGCAAAGCGUGACUAUGUGGGCUGCAUGUUGUAAUUGGCUCUGUGUAGAUACAGAGCCAGAAGAGAUCCUGCCGAGUGGGAGAGCACAAGAUCAUUCCAACCCAAACUUCAGGACCUCCUCUCCAAUUUUAGAGGUCACUUGCAGAGCUUGUGGUACUCUACUUCAAACAGCCAGUAGAAAGAAUCCCUGCAUGGAUUGCAGGAACAACUUCUGUGGAUCUUGCCUAACACCCUUAAAUGAUGGUCUACAUCUUUGUCAACUGUGUCAGAGAAUACGCUCCACUUUUUUCACUCGUGAUGAAUUAUUGAAGCUCAAAGUGAAAGACCUUCGGGAUUAUUUGUCAAUGAGAGACAUACGUACUGAUCUAUGUCGGGAGAAAGAAGACCUAGUGCAGCUUGUUUUGUCUCUCAGGCCUGUUUCCUAUCCAAAUGUGAAUACUGUUCUCCCCUUUUCAUCUAAUAACAGCAGCCAGUGGGACAAUAUUGGUUCAACUCAAAUACAUGUAGCACAAGACAUUCCAAGUACAAAUGGAAACAUAACUUUGAAUCCAGAAAACAGAAUGCAUGGACAGACUGACGAUCCACAUGAGGAGGAGAUAGAGUCCUCAGACUCUGAAGAGACACUGGUGCCUGGCAAAAGAGCUUCACUAUCUGACAUCAGCAAUUUAGAUGAUAUUGAAUCCUUGUCUGUGCGUCAGUUAAAAGAGAUUUUGGUCAGAAACUUUGUGAAUUACAAAGGCUGCUGUGAGAAGUGGGAGCUGAUGGAACGUGUAACCCGACUCUACAAUGAUCAGAAGGAUCUCCAGCAAAAGGUUUCAGUGGAAGAUGAAAAAGGCAAACAGGGCCCUGCAGCUGAUGAGAAUCUAUGCAAGGUCUGCAUGGAUUGCCCCAUUGACUGUGUACUUCUGGAGUGUGGCCACAUGGUAACCUGCACAAAGUGUGGCAAGCGUAUGAGUGAAUGUCCCAUCUGUCGACAGUAUGUAGUGAGAGCUGUACACGUCUUCCGAUCUUGAGUUUCUUGGUUACAAAUAAGCUAAUGAUUGAGCCUUAGUACUGGCCAAGGCAAAGAGGAUGCAAGUAAAACAUCAGCCAAUUCCAGAGUCCCCAUUAUGUGGCAUGGAAACAUAUACUACUUUCUUGGUAUUUCGUAUCCUAUGUCACUGAGUGCUUUGAGGUACCAGGUUCUCUGUCCUAACUGGUGUGUGACCAUCAGUUGUGACGGUACAGGUUAUAAAAACUCCCAAAUUACUUUUUGAGAAUUAUAUUUUAUAUAAAACUCUUUUAUAUUUAUGUAAUAGAGCAGUGCCUUUUAUCUUAUGUCUUAAGCCAUUUUGGUGUUGGCUGAGCUGUGAUCAUUUUCAGGUUUGGUUUUUUAAUACUUGGAGAUUUACUCAUGAGUGGUUUGAGAGCCAAAAUACCAGGUUUAUUAACCAGCAAUUUGGAGAUUGAAAAUGCAAGAUGUAGGUGAUAUGUGGUGGUUUGCAAAGUUCCAAAUCACCUGUGAUUGCGAGCAAACCAGUAGAAAAGACUAUUUAUUUUAGACCCGUUUCUGACAGGGUGCAGUUUAAGUUGUCUGCUUCAUCAGACAGAAUAAAAGAUAAAUAUUAAAUUGGGAUACAACAUUGGCUUAUUAAUAUGGGGACCAUAAUUAUUAUUAAUUAUUCCAUAUUCAUUUAUAUCAAUAUUGAGCUAAUACAAAUAUUUUUUAUUAUGGGGGAAAUAUGACAUUAUUUUAUUAUGAGAGCAACAUAAAGGUGUUAACACAUUAUUUUAGAUUGACCAGACUGCUCAAACCACAUGCUGUUCCAGCUAUCGGGCUAAUCAGAACUAUAUCUACAUUGCACAACUUGUUUUUUGCACAGGCAUAAAAAUGUUUAUGUCCGUUUCCAAAUUGCCAUUAUGAAGUAAGGCGGUUUUGCCUUUUAAUCUCAAUGUACAAACCACACAUAGAGUAAAUCUGCCAAAACCAUCAAAUUUGUUCUUUAGUAAAUCUAGAUCUUACAAUUUAAUUUCCCAUAUUCCUGGGUGGAGAGACCAAGGGGUAUAUUCAAUUGAAGUCAAAAGCUAGCGUCUGUCAAAAAGACGGCAGUUUUUCGACUUUUUUUUAGGUCAGAAGCGGUUCCGACCUAUUCAAUCUAACCCCAAAUUAAUCAACAAGUUGAGGAAUUGGACUUGUCGAAAAGCACGUGGAUCGGCGGAAUAGCUGCCGAUUCACGUGCUUGUGUCGAAAACAGUUUUGGCCCCCUUUUCGACCAUCUCAAUUCGACUUAAAAAAAAAGUUGAAGUGAGAAGCGGGAGCAGUGACAGGGAGAGCCGCGGGCAGAUGGGGGAGAGCAGCGCCAGAGGAUGUCACAGCCGCUGCUCACAGCAGCGUCCACCCGGCUCCAGCAAGUGAGACCUCGCUUGCUGGAACCGGGCGGCGGCUGUGAUGCGGAGAGGCAGAGACGGGGGGGAGAGCCGCGGGCAGAUGGGGGAGAGCAGCGCUACAGCAGCGUCUAUAUAGCCGCUGCAGUAGCGCUGCUCUCCCCCGUCUCAGCUCCCGCAUCUCAAUUCAAUUUUUUAAAAAGUUGUAUUGAGAUGACGUAUUGAAUAGCCCAGGUCGGAUCCAUUCCGACAAAUGAAUGUCAGAGUGGAUCCGACUUCAAUUGAAUAUACCCCCAAAAGUGGGGAGAACUUUUUUUUUUUUCUUAUUCUCCUACUCAAAGGAAUUUAAAUGUAAGAUUUCUAAUACAAUAUUUCUAUGAAUAAGAAAUACCCAGCUUUGAGUGUUUAGCUGCAAUGGUAUUAGACUUUGCUCAUUACAGCAUCUCUUAAUUAGGAGCAAUCAAUAAUAAGAGCUAAACUUUUUGUUUUGUGAUUACUUUGAUUGUCUUUAUUUGCACUGCAAGAUGCAAUAUGCUAAGUGACGUUGCAUUUCUUAUUAAUUGUGAGCCCAAAACGAUUUUCCAUUGUAGCGGUUUAUAAUACCAGUUUUAGACUUUAUCUUACAGAGCUAUAUAAAAAAACACUAUGGCUAAUGCACUUCAUACUGGGGAUUUCCAACAGCUUUAAACUGAGUUCUUUACAUGUCUGACUGCUGCUUAUAUGUGUAUUAUUGAAAACUUGCUUCCUGAGCACAAAUAUAGGAAAAAAUCUUUUAUUUUUAAACAGAUCCAAUAUUUUGUAAUACUGUUUUUAAACUGAUUAUUGUGUGGAUAGGUAUUAACAAUGUCAAUUAAAUGGCAGAGGGGAUUGUGCCUUUACAUAGCCAGCCUUGUAUAUUGCAGCAUAUUGCGUACCACCAAAUAUCUGCUUCUGUAAAAUGGCCAUAAACAGGCCAGUUGUACAGAUGUGUCCUCAUACAUCUAACCUCAGUAUGCCAUGCAGCACAAGAUGCUUGGCAUGAGGGAGCCCCCAGGUCCUAUACAACUCUGCCAACGUCGGGCGUCUUUUUGCUGCAAAUGCCCAAGGAGACUGCUGAUUAAUUUGAUAUGACGCUUGUAUAUCUGUGUGUGACUGAAUCUGUAUACGGAGCAGAACAGAUUUUGUAUUGGGAAAAACUGCUACAUCGUGUACACUUUGUGUGCACUUUGUGUACAGAUUCAGAGACUCAGUCGCACACAGACAUACACGUGUAUCAAAUUAAUCAACGCAGUCUCCUCAUUUUCGGCAUAAAAGACUCAUGCCUAGAAGAUUUUCACACGACUUUUGUGUGCCAAGAGGGGCUGAGGACAUAUCUAUAGGAAUAUAUUUUGCAAUGUCUGUAUAAGAUGAUCUAGAUUCUAGAUGUGCCCACAUCAUAUCCACCAGUACUUAUUGCGGUAUAUACUAUGCUAUGACACGACAGUACACUGCUGGUCUAGGCAAAGUGGCAUAAUUGGAGUGUAAAAACAUUCAUACCAUUUCUUUAUAUAAAGCUUGUAACUGCAAGCAGGACGUUUAUGGUGAAAUAAUAUCAAUGUUGUGUUUAAUGUUAUGCAAUUAAAGUAAAGGCUAAUGAUUAAGUUAGAAACUUGAAUGGAAACUCCACUGUCAGAUCUUUGUAAUGUCCUUGGCUAAGACCAGAUCUGUUUAUAUAAAGUUGUAUCCAAUACACAGACCCAACAUUAUCAUAUCCAUGGUCAAAGAAAAUGAAGAAAUUUGCCUGGAUAAUCAUAUUCUGUGGAGUUGUCCCCCUUUAAGUACUCCCGGUGGGUGCCAGUCACCUUUGACCUCAGCUGCUAAAUGAUACUCAUAAUUACAAGGGCUAUACCUUUCAACUGGACUAAUGGGUGCUGUGCCUGUUUUUAAUAAACAUCCUACUGGACAUAUGUGCCUCUGAUCAUUAACCAAGCGUUAACAUAUUAAUAGUUUGAUAAUUCAGCUCCAGGUUGUGGGAUAUUUUUACAUUACAGACUUCUGCUUUAUUUUUGUUUUGUAAUAAAGUAAUUUGAUAAAA